AUGUUGUAAGUUUGCAUUAGAGUUCGUCCUCUUUUAAAACAUGAAAAAAAUGCAUAAUGGUUCGUCAAUAAGAAUAAUAUAAACUCUUCAAAUAAAUCUUUUACAUUUGACUAAGUAGAAUGUGAAACAAGGACUUAAACUCUUUAUAAUAAAAUUGCCAAAUAGAAUGUCAAAAAGGCACUUAAUGGCUAUCAUACAACAAUAAUGUGUUAUGGAUAAACUACAUCAGGAAAAACAUUCACAACCUUAGGUACUCAUGAUAAUCCAGGAAUAUUACCUUGUGCCUUGAGAGAUGUUUUUUUAGAUGAUAAUGUUAAAUGUUCAAUCUAAUAUGUUCAAAUAUAUAAUGAAGUUAUUGAUGAUCUUUUGGAUCCAAAAUGCACAUCUUUGUAAAUAAUUAAUGAUUAAAAAUGGGGUACAUCAUUACAAUUGAAAUAAACCCCAGUAAAAAGCUUUGAUUAAGCUAUACAAUUAUUAAACGAAGGAGAAGAAAGAAGAAUAUACAGAGAGACUUAAAUUCAUGAUAAAAGUUCAAGAUCACAUACAAUAUUUAGGAUUUUUAUUGAAAAUGGAUCUAGAUAUUCAUGCUUAAAUAUAGUUGAUUUAGCUGGUAGUGAGAGAGUUUCAUCAGAAAAUGAUAUAAAUCAUGAGACAGGUUAUAUCAAUAAGAGUUUGUUAGCAUUAACUAAUGUAAUUAAUUAAUUAACGGAAUAAAAAUAAUAGCAUAUUUCAUAUAGAGAUUCAAAAUUAACAAGACUACUUUAGAAUUCAUUAGGAGGUAAUUCUAUUACAGUUCUAAUAUGUUGUAUAUCUCCAGGAAACAAUACAUAAACCUUGUCAACAUUGCAAUUUGCACAAAGAGCAAAGAUAGUUAAAAACACUCCUAUUAUUAAUGGAGAGAAACAGACUUAAGAAUUGUAAGAUUAACAAUUUUAAAGUUCUUCUUAUUCAAAUUUCAACAUUUUUACAUAUGCUUAAUGUUAAAAAUAAUCAAACAAGAAUUCAUUUUAAGCUUUUAUCAAAUUAGAACAAAAGUAUUAAAAAAAAUAUUGUGAACUUCUUUAAUAAUAUUAUAAGGAAUUAAAUAAAUUAUAAAUAAAUGAAUAAGAUUUAUAAGAUGUUAUAUCAAUUUUGGAAAGAAAUAUUUUAACACAACUAGAAGAGAUGAAAUAAAGUAUAUCCGAUACAAAUAAUGAAGAAUAAUAAUAUAAACUUUUAAUUUGGGGAUCUGGACAAGAUGGAAGAUUAGGAUUUGGUGAUGAAAAAACUUGUAAAAUUCCAACAGAAAUUAGCAAUUAUAAAUUUUCAUAGGUUAGUUGUGGAUUCCACCAUACUUUAGCUAUAUGUAAUGGUUGCAUUUAUGCUUGGGGAAGAGGUCAAAAAGGAUAGUUAGGAUUAGGAAAUUUUGAAACUAUUCUUAGUCCUACAAAAAUAGAUAACUUAAAAAAUGCUACUUAAAUUGCUUGUGGAUGGUAACAUAGUUUGGCUAUUUGUGAUGGUAAUUUAUAUUCUUGGGGUUGUGGAGAUGAUGGAUAAUUAGGAAAUGGAGAUUGUCAAUCAAUAAAUUAACCUAUUGCUAUUUAAGAAGAUGUUGAAUAUAUUUAUGCUGGUCAUUCAUAAAGUGGAUUUAUGAAAGAAGGAAUGUUAUAUACUUUUGGAAAUAAUUAGGAUGGAAGAUGUAUGAUUGAUUCUUUAGGAAUUCUUACAGAACCAGAAUAAGUACCUUUGAAUGAUAUUAAAUCAGUAAGUCUAGGUGUUUCUCAUAUGGGAGUUGUUACUAAUGAUGGAUGUGUUUAUAUGGCUGGAACUUCUAUUGAUGGUUAAUUAGGAACUUUUAGUAUAGAUGACGAAGUGGCCACUUGGUUUACUUAAUUAGAUAAAUUUAAUAGUUCAAAUAGAGCUUAAUAAAUUUAAUGUGGAGAUUCAUUUACUUUAGUUUUAAAUACAAAAGGAAUUAUCUAUGCUUUUGGAAAGGGCUCAUUUAAACGAUUAGGAUUAUCAACUACAGACAAUAUUUAUGAACCUACUCCUUUGCCUAUCUAAGGUGAUAUGAUAUAUGCUGGAUGCAGACAUGCUUGUUCAAUAACAAAGAAUGGAUAAGCAUAUAUGUGGGGAUUUAAUUUUCAUAAUCAACUUGGUCUUGGAUAAGAUGAUUUAGAUUAGGAACCAAUUUUAUUAAAAAUUACUAAUAUCAAAUAAAUGUCACUUGGUUAUUUUCACUCUGCUGCUUUAGUUUCAAAUUGA